AGAUGAUGAAAAUGUUGUUCGCUGAUUUAAUGAGAUGUUUCCUGGAGGUACCGCUUUGGUUCCCCGCCAAACUGAGCGGGUCCACUAUUCACCACUCUCAGAUCUUGACAUUCCUCGUUCCUCAAUUAGAACCUCAAUUAGAACAUCUCUGAAUUGUCACUUCUUGAUGCGCCGCUAAUAUCAGUUGGAGGGGGCUGUUUUAUGUUUGGCGUUGGUUAUCUUUCGGAUGUGCAGAGUACAGAUUUGAUUGACAGCUUCUUUUGGUUACGACAGCUCUGCAAAAACAACAUGGUCUCUAAUUCGCAACAUCAUGAUGAUGAAGAGGCUCGAAGCUGGUCAGGGGAUUAUGACCCGUUGGCUGACCCUGAUGAGCGGCGAGUGCUUUUUGCCGCGCUGGAUUCCUUUAGGCAAUAUCGAAGAAGUGCUCACAUGACUACUACGCAUCGCCGGCGUCAGGCGUUCUAUGCUCUUCCAUCAUCUCACUGGCAAAUGCUGGCGGAGCCACCGUUUUCUAUCUUGGACAAUUUCAACCACGUAGAUGAUGCCAUUGACGUGAACGCCGAUAUCGCAGACGCUAUCCUGGCAACGGGACUUUCCUCAUUUGGGCUACCAGCAAACCCCGAUCCGGAGAACCCGCGCCAAUAUUGGCAUGACACGGCAACCUCUUCAGAUGUUAACAAAGCCCAUUCAACUAUCAGGCAAUUCUACCGCGACUGGAGCUCUGAGGGGAAAGCGGAGAGAGAAGUCUGUGUGGAACCCGUUGUUCGCGACCUGCAAGAUGAGUUCGGCGAGCGACCUGCCGCUGGGGAGGAGAUCAGGGUGCUCGUGCCUGGAGCUGGCCUAGGCCGAUUGGUUUUUGAAGUAUGCCAGGCUGGGUUUGCUGCCGAGGGCAACGAAAUCUCAUACCAUCAAUUGCUGGCCAGCAGCUGGGUCUUGAACCAUACGUGCGGCCCCAAGCAUCAUGCGCUGUAUCCGUUUGCGCUCCAUUUCUCAAAUCUCCUAUCGAGAGAGCAACAGCUCCAGAAAGUCAUGAUCCCAGACACACAUCCAGGGGUAGCGAUAGUUGAAGCACAGACGAACCAAACGCCCUUUGGAACGAUGGGCAUGUCCGCAGCCGACUUCGUGGUGCUCUACAGCAACCCAUCCAAUAAGGAAGCAUUCGAGGCGGUGGCUACGGUAUUCUUCAUCGAUACAGCGCCCAACCUUAUCCGAUACAUUGAAACGAUCCGGCACUGUCUGAAGCCUAACGGCGUGUGGGUCAAUGUCGGCCCGUUACUGUGGCAUUUCGAGGACGGCAGCAACCGCAGCCACCGGGAUGGAGAGCGCGAGGAUCACCAGGGAAUUGGGGAGCCUGGAAAUGUGGAGCUGACGGAGGAGGAAGUCUUCUGCCUUGUGGAGCGGAUGGGCUUUAGCAUCGAGAAGCGGCAGAAAGUCGAAGAUCGGCCCCUGUGUGGCUAUAUACAGGAUCCUCAAAGUAUGCUUCAGCCACUCUACAAGCCAUCCCGCUGGGUGGCCCGCAAGAAGACCCAAUGAUCGAAAGGGAAGUUAGGAAGAGUACCUACAUACAGGGAAUCUAAACUUAUGAAGUUUGAGAUCCACUUAAUGUACUCUGUAAGUCCGCCUUGUUGCCUCAAAUUACAGGCUGUCUAUUUGAUGGGAAUGCGGCUGGAAAUGGUAUGAAACUGUACGGUACGUCGCCAACGGAUCAGCGCGAUACGGUAUUCAGCCGCAGACAACGAAAACGUGCGGGCGGAGCAGCGUGGCUGUAAUCGUAAGGCUGUCGCUUGCUUGGGCGUCCAUCCUUCGGUUCCAUGGCUCACCUCAAGAGUCUUUUUCCAGUGAACCCUUUUUCUGAUAGCUGUCUAUAAGGUUAAUUGUUCAUGAUAAGAAAGAUAAGAACAAAAAUAAGAAUAAGAAAGGGUGAAAUAGUGGGAGACUUGGUUUGGAUAGCUAUCAGCGCAUGAAUACGAAGAAAUUGUUUAUUUCAUGUUCAGAUAACAGUAUUGACAGCAAAUCUGUUUCCACUAAUAUUACAGAUACUGUACAUUGAAUAUGGAAGAAGGAUCUCUUCAUUGAUCGUGCCUAAUCGUACCAAAAGGG